GUGGUGAGGUCUGGCAAGCGAAUUAUCUUCACAUCAGGAAGGCCUCCAUGGUAUGAUUCGUCAGGACAGUUGAAGGAGGCAUUUGUUAUUGGUAUAACAGGGGGAAGUGCAUCGGGCAAAACGUCAGUGGCCAAGAAAAUAAUUGAAGCCCUCGAUGUACCAUGGGUCAGUCUCAUUUGCAUGGAUUCUUUUUAUAAGGAGCUGAACAAAGAGGAACUGCAGCAAGCCAAGGAUUGCAAUUACAACUUUGAUCUGCCAACUUCAUUUGAUUUGGAACUCAUUGCAAGCACGAUGAAGCGUCUCAGAGAAGGUAAGAACGUUGAGAUACCCAUCUACAACUUCACAAAACAUCAAAGAGACAAGAAAAAGAAAACGAUAUAUGGAGCUAAUGUGGUCAUAUUUGAAGGCAUCUUUGCUUUCCAACCUGAACUUCUAAAGUUCAUGGACUGCAAAGUUUUCGUCGACACAGACUCAGACAUCAGACUGGCUCGUCGUCUCAGGAGAGACAUCUUAGAGAGAGGCAGGGAUGUGCGAGGGGUGCUGAAGCAGUACAUGACCUUUGUGAAACCCGCCUACGACCUGUACAUCGACACAACAAAAAAUGUUGCCGAUAUAAUCGUACCUAGAGGAGGGGAAAAUGAGGUUGGUGUUAACCUGAUCGUCAACCUCAUCAACCAGAGACUGCAGGAGAGAGGGUUCUUGUUUCGAUCGCAGUUGAAGCAGAACAUGCAGCACCAACUUUCUGGGCAGCCGUCCACCACCGGCAACCUGCCACCGUCGGUGCGCGUCAUCGACCGCACCAGCCACAUCAUCGGUCUGCACACGUUCAUCAGGAACAAAGACACCACGAGAGACGAGUUUAUUUUCUACUCUCGAAGACUGAUGCGCAUCCUCAUCGAGUUUGCUCUCUCCCUCCUCCCUUUCAAAAAAGUGACGAUAGACACCCCACAAAAUAUAAAAUAUGAAGGCAUGAGGAUGAACUCAAACAACAUAUGUGGGGUGAGCAUCUUGAGGGCCGGUGAGACCAUGGAGCCAGCCCUGUGCGACGUCUGCAAGGACAUCUCCAUAGGAAAGAUACUUAUCCAAACAAAUAAUGAAACCGGUGAACCCGAGCUCCAUUACCUCCGCCUACCCCGCAACAUAAAAGACAGUCACGUGAUUUUGAUGGAUGCGACGAUGGCGACUGGUGCAGCUGCUCUGAUGGCCAUACGAAUCUUGCUGGACCACGAUGUGUUGGAUGAGAACAUCCUGCUCAUCUCGCUCGUCAUGGCACUUCCAGGCAUCCACGCAGUUGCGUAUGCUUUCCCGGGCGUCCAGCUUGUGACCACUGAAAUUGAUAAGGAUAUCAACGACUCCUUCCACAUCUUGCCUGGCAUAGGAAAUUUCGGGGACAGAUACUUUGGUACAGAGCCGUUGUGA